AUGGCUUUAUGUUCACAAAUGUUUACUGGUCCUACCAAGCGUAGUAGUUGUCAAGUGUUUAGAACCCCAGCUACCAAGAGGAUGUGUAUCACCAAUGAUGUUGAUGAUGAUGUUGCUGCUACUGUUCCAAAGUUGAAAAAGUCGGUUGUUAUUUAUUCUUCUUCUGAUGAAGAUGAAGAUUCUGCUGAUGAACAAUCUUGUUAUAAUGCUGACCAAAUAAGAGCUAAAAGAAGGGCGUCUAAUAGGAUAUCUUUUUCUUUGAAUAAAGAAUUAUCUAGAGCCAUUUCACAAUAUAGUGAUGAUGAUGAAGAUGAUGAAGAACAACAACAACAAGUGAUACAGGACCAUCUUAACCAUCGUCGUUCUGAUUCACUCAGAUCAACUUUAUUAUCUGAUGAUGAAGUUGAAAAUUUGGAUUGCAAAUUAGCAACUAGUCCAAUUUCCAAUAGCAUUUCUUUGAUGAAUAUUCAUCAACUUGAAGAUGAAGGUAAAUGCUUCAUACCAUCCACUGAUAGAUCUGCUAGAUCUCGUUGCUUUGAAUAUUUAGUUGGUGCUAUUGAUGAAGCAUGGGCUAGAUAUUGUGAUGCUACUGCUAAUGUUGAAGAUGAGGUAUAUGGUUACAAUACACCACAAUCAGUAGCUACCGACGAUGAGGAAGAAGAAGAAGAAGAUAUGUUUGACAACACUACCGACAUCACCGAUUAUGAAGAUUCAGACUAUGAACAUACUACCACCACCACCGUUCCUGAAACUAAACAACAACACUAUACAUUACAACAUCCACAACCACAUAAACCUACUCCUGCAUUCAGACCCAGAUUAGCAUCAUCCAGUUCUAUUACUUCGGUCAGUUCAUCUAAAGAUGAUCCAUCAUCUUGUCAAUUACAAGCAUUAAAAGAUCGUUUAACUAAAGCUAAAUAUUAUUUACAAGAUUUAGUUGAUUCUGAAGAUUAUAAUGAAGUUUCUUCAUUUUGGAAGAGAUGGGAUAUGAUCAAAUAUGCUACUAUUGAAUUAGUUGAAGAUGAUGACGAUGAUGAAGUUGUUGAAACUACCAUUGAAGAAUUAGAAGCUGGUCGUUUAUUUGUAAAUUAG